UAAGCUUACAUACAGACAAACGCAUUCGGGUAAAUGUACGCGCGUGAAUGAAUUAAUCUAAUCUUCAUGAUAUAGUUUGUCGUCAACUCACUUGCUACCGAGUAAGGGAAGUUUCUUCGUAUGUAUAUAAUAAAAAAAAGUCAAUUGAUUCAAUCGCUUGGGAACAAGUUCAGGUCAAUCAGUUAGUCCAGUUUUUCAGAGCACAGUGAGCAUAGAUGCAGCACCAGGAGCAAAAUUAAACGAUUUAACAUGAAGUUUAACGCUCGUCGAAAUGAGUCAAACAAAUUUAAGACGACCACUGUGUUCGGUUUGAACAGUUCAAUUUGCUCGUUCUCCGAGUUCGCUACCUAGUUGACUUUUAUUUUGUGGUAUGUACGGGUGCAUUUGCGCGCAGCAAUGUCGGAGCGUAGUGUUUAGCAUUCUUGUUUUCGUCUGGAAUGGAAAUAGUACACCGUAGUUGUUUGCAGUUUAAAAAGCUCUAUAACACGCCUGUUUGUCCAUAAUUGAUGUGUCAUUCCGUAAUCAAUAUGCGGCUGUACCAUCACAAUCACCUUGGUUCAACAAAAACCGACGAUCAAUUGAAGGCUAAAUCAGUUCCUCUGUGUUCGGUGAAUGAUGUUCAGUUGCGCUUCCUCUGCCCGGAUGAUUUGGAGGAAGUGCGAACGCUAUGCCAGGACUGGUUCCCGAUCGAUUAUCCGUUAUCGUGGUACGAGGAUAUCACAUCCAGUACGCGAUUCUUCGCAUUGGCGGCAGUUUAUAAUUUCACGAUCAUCGGACUCAUUGUAGCUGAAAUCAAACCAUACACCAAGCUAAACAAGGAGGAUCGAGGAAUCCUGUCGGAAUCAAUGGGUCGUGACGCUGAUAUAGGAUAUAUCCUGUCGUUGGGCGUUCAUCGCAAGUACCGUCAAAACGGUAUCGGAUCUCUGUUGCUAGAUUCCCUCAUCAACCACCUAACGACGGCCGAGCGCCACAAAGUGAAAGCCAUAUUCCUGCACGUGCUAACCACAAAUCAAACCGCCAUACUUUUCUACGAACGACGAGGGUUCGUUCUUCACUCGUUCCUGCCUUACUAUUACUCGAUUCGGGGGAAGUGUAAAGAUGGCUUUACGUACGUAUCGUACCUUAACGGAGGUCACUCGCCGUGGACGUUAUAUGAUCAUCUGAAGUAUUGGUGCUCGUUGGUGGUAACUGCUGGAGGACUUUGCUCCUGGCUUAGCGGACGCAUCCGGACUGCAUUUCGUUGGGUUUGUUAUCGUACCAUAUAGAGGUUCACAUUCACGCAGGACAACUAGAGUGGCAAAGCAGGUCUUCUCCAAUCGUUCUCCUCCAGCCCCGGUUAUUCGUUUUAGUCAAAUAUUUAGGUUCGGCAGAGCACAAAUCUUGAAUUCACGAUAGGCGAAAAAAUGACAUGUUGCGCAAACUGUAGGCGCAUCGGUUUUAAAUUAUCACAUAUUUAGAUUCUAGCAAAUGCAAUUGUUGACCAAUAAUUAUUUAUUUAUAUUUCCGUUUUGUAAGUAGAGUUUUAGGUACGAUAUAUGUAUAUUUGAUGCGACAUAUCCUCAUUUUAUUUUAAAUGACAAUCCAACCGAUAGUUGAAUAAUAUAAUACAAGUUGAAGCUAUAGACACGCAUAGUAAUAGACCCGCUAAGGGGCCGUUCAUAAACUACGUAGACAGUUUUUUGGAAUUCUUGACCCCCCUCCCCCUGCGUAGACAAUUGUCCAUACAAAAGUUUUAAAAUUUGUAUGGGCCGUGGAUAAUUUUCAACCCCCUGCCCCUCUCUAAACUGUCUACAUAGUUUAUAAACAGCCCCUUAUGUGAAUCUGAUGUAUCCAGAAAAACUAUGAACGCCAGAUGAUUUUUUUUUGUAAGUUUAUUUUUGCCAAUACCCGACGCUACGUUAGGAAAGCAACUCUAUCUAUAAUCUAUCAACAUAUGAGAAAAGACCAACGGCUUUUCCUCUGUCCUAAGGAAGACGUAAUCAGAGAUUUGUUUUCAGAACCACUGGGGAAAGAAUAAGUCGCCCUUGUAAUGGAUUACCGUCAGCUGCAGGCAUGGAAAAUCAUUUGCAUUCAUUUCAUACAUUCAUUUACAUUCAUUUGCCUCUAACUUUUUUCUUCAACAGCAUUCCGCAAAAUGAUGCAUAGAGCUUUUGUAGUUUUGUUAUUAGCUACAACUUUUGUUGAUAAGUCAAAUCCGUAUCUCUUAUGCAUGACGAAGCAGAGCGAACAGAGCCACUACUGUUUUUUAGUGAAUGUAUUUUACAUUCACUGAAAAACAGUAACAAGUUCUGCCCGCUCUAGUUCGUGAUGCAUAAGAGAUACAGAUUUGAGUUAUGAGCAAAACUUGUAGCUAAUAACAAAACCUACAAAAGCUCUAUACAUCAUUUUGCUGUUGAUGAAGAAAGUUAGAGGAAAAUGAAUGUAAAUGAAUGUAUGAAAUGAAUGCAAAUGAUUUUCCAUGCCUGGUCAGCUGUCAGUUUCACCUUUAUGGGGAAAAAGUAAUUAAAACAAAAAAUGUAUGUAUGAAGAUUUCAUAUGUUUUGUAAAGAAUUUAUAUUUUAGAAGCGAAGCAAGGGAACAUUUUUGGUACAUCAGGUCGGUAAAAGUUAAUGCUAUUAUGUGUACCAAAUAUUGUAUUCGAAAAAAGUUCUAAUUUGGUGAAAAUCAUAAUUUCGGGGUUUUUUGCAUACAAAAUAAAUCGGCGUUACUUUUUUUUUACUAGCGACAUCUAUUACGAAAAUCAACCAUGCUGGUCAGCGGCGCCGGUGGUGUAGUGGUAAGUGUAAUUGCCUCUCACCCCAAAGGGCCAAGGCCUGGGUUCAAUCUCAGGCAUAAAAUUUUCAAUCUGAGGAAUAAAAUCUCUAAUCACGCCUUCCGGGAAGUAAAGCCGUUGGUCCCCGGUCCAUGAGUUGAUGGGUUGAUAGGUAGGGUCCAGGUGUGGGAGCUGCCUCCCUGGCGUCGGUAGCAUUGGUGCUCAGUACAGAAAACAAGAUCGACGGAAAACAAAUAAAAAAAAAAUCACACUUAGAAAUUAACGUCAACUUCGGUAUUUUUUUACUAUCUCAUAAGCAAGUUAGUUCAGCUCGGUAAUAUUUAGGCAAUACAAUUAAAUUAUUUUAACAGCAUAAUUGUCCCGUUGUCGAGAAGCAAGCUUGCUCACAUCAUCGACGCAGUUUGCAGGCUUGGUACUCUGAGAGUUAAAGCUACUGUAAAACGAAAUCCAUACUAUAACUACCAGAUUUGAUAAUUUUCAUAAGAUCCAUUAUGUUUUGAAAUUAAUGUUGAACAAAAUACUCUUAAAAAUAUCGGUCAAGUUUUUACCGAACGUUAUGCUGGUCAGAUUUCGGUAAAAAAAUUAACGAACAUGACAAUAAUUUCUGAGAGUGAUUGUAAUAAAAGAAGUGAAUUGAUUUUAAAACUCAAUCCCCAAAGUUGCAUAUGAGCGACAUGAACAUAUGUUUAGCUGUAUAUGAUUGUGUUUUGCGUAUAAAACUAAAAAAGCAUUAAGGGGCUGUUCAUUAACUACGUAGACAGUGUUUUGGGAUUCUUGCCCCCCCCCCUCCCGUGUAGACAAUUGUCCAUACACAUUUUUUUAAAUUUGUAUGGGUUGUGGAUAAUUGCCAACCUAUCCUAAACUGUCUACGUAGUUAAUGAACAGCCCCUAACAUGAUUGGCCAUCCUUGGUCAGCAGUAUGAUUGACCACCUACAGCAAAAAAUGUAAACUUAUCAAACGUAUUCAUGCUGAUGCAUCAAUGAAAACAUACAGUCUAUUAGAUUACUAAUACUUUUUUUCAAAAUAAUGCACCCUAAUGUGCACCUGUUUCGACUUUUUCAUUUAUUUUUUGCUGUGCAAGCAGGGUAUCAAAACACUGAGAGCAAGCAACAAUAUAGACAAAACACAUUGUCAUGACAAUCUCCCUCUGCAACAUAACUUGAUCGGAACGGUGGAAGCUUGUUUGCAACACACGCGGUGGCUGAUGCUUAUGUUAUGUCAUUCCCCUGUUCCGAUCAAGCUAUGUCAACAACCGCGUUUGUUACAGACAAACUAUCUAACAAUUUUAUCUUUGAUGCUUGCCGUUAAGGGACACCCGCAUUAGAUCCGGACUGAUUCGUUGCGGCAAAGUGACAGCUAAAUCUAUUGUCUAACUGUCAAGUUUACAUCAACGCAACACAAACGGAUCUAAUGCGGGUGGCCCUUUACUGCUCACCCAUUAUUAUUUCGCUCGUAUGUGGUAUGUGAUUUUGUCAUGAUAAAGACAUUUUUGAUUCCCUUUGUGCAAGUAAUAAUGACGUUUAUUUCUGAAAAUCAUUUAUUUCUGCAGGUCGUUUACCAUGGAUGUUUAUAGUCGAUGCUUUGCAUGAUCGAGAGUAAACCAAAUUUUAUUUUUAAAUAUUCAGUUAUGAUUCUCUUGGUGAAUUGUAAUGUACAUGCUAUAAAAAUUGAAGCAUUUAGUUUCAUAUCAAUUGCCUUAUUCACUUAUCAUACCGGUGGUACACAUUAAAUUGGCCUUUAAUUUUCUAAAACAAAAAUAGUCUGAUAUAACUAUAUAUAAAAUAAUUGGAUUCCUCCUAAGUUAUCGCAAAAAAAAAACAAACAAGAAGAUAAGAAGUAACAAUGCCAGAGUUGUGAAAUUGUAGAUGCAAGCGACUAUUCGUGAUAGUCUCUGAACAAAGUUGUAUCAUACCUAUUCAAAUGAGUAUUUCGCAGAUGAAAGACCUUCCCUCGAUAUUGGAAAAAACAAAUAACUCUAAUUAGUAUGUAUUGAAUCAAGGGAUUAUUUAUUAAAAGAUGUGAGCAUGAGUUGUGCUCUUAAGAAGAGAAUUUAAUGGUUAUGCCAAAUAUAUAACGAUAUGAGAAAA